AUGAAGGUCACCAACUCCAUUUACGCACUCGCAUACGCUGCCGCAGCCAUGGCUAGCGUCAACUACGCAGCCAGCUCUGCUCCGAACGUUCCUGCACCAGUGACUGGCAUUUGGACCCGCGCCCCUCAGGUCCCCCCUGCCACGUGGACCAUAGUCCAGCCCGUGUCAAUCACCUAUCUCCCCAUUGUCAUCAAGACUAGAUACUUGCCGGUUCCUCCCACGCCGACGCCUGCAGCUGUGUUGUCCUCUACUGGUACUACCCCCAAACCCUGGAUGCCCGCACCCGCACCCGUUCCUGCCUACAUUGCCAGCUCGCCGCCUGGCCUCCCUGGUACCGCCGUUCCCGCCAACCCUGCAGCGCAGGUUGACCCCUCUUCAAUUUCCUCACGGAUUAAACCCGCUCCCACUCCCACUCCUACCCAGAGCUUCCGUGGGUACACCAGUAAUAAGCGCGAUAUUGACCAGGGCACUGUUGGAAGCCUUGUCCAGGGCAAUGGCGCCGUUGUGUUUGAAGCCAACGGUGAAUCCUACAUUCUUGUGCGCCUUCCUCAGGAAAUCGCUGAAAAGGUUAUCAAGACUAACGCUGUGCUCCAAAAGCGCACAACUGAAAAGGACAUUAUUUCCGACGCGACUACCAAAGAUCUCGGCUCGAACUCGCUGCUCUACAGCCUUUUCGACACAAUUGUCGCUCGCAUCAGACUACCCGUCAACUCUGGAAUUGGCAUUUCUGAGCCCAAGGAUGGUGACAGUAACCAUGGCUUCCUGCGCCGCGAGAUCUUGGAUGUUGGCCAAGUUGUUGCCAGUGUCGCCCUGCCUGUGAAUGCCAAUGGUAGUGUUGAGUCCAGCGAUGAUGUCGACAGCAUUCUUGCGCAAUUGCUCGGCGAUAUCAACUUUGCCGCAGAGGCAUCGCCCACCAUUGUUGCGAAUAUCGAUGGUUCUGAUGAGUCUAAUGCUAGUGGGCUUAUGCGCCGCAACCUCAUUGACAGACUUCUCGGUGUUCUCCAUCUCAGCGCUGUUGUGCCUUUGAACGUCAACGGCGAGCUUAAUGCCGACGAGGAUGAACUGCUCGGUGACAUCAGCUUGGCCAUUGCCGCGACUCCCACAGCCAGCAUUCAGCUUGGUGGCUCCGGCGAAUCCGGCAGCGGUGGCCUUUUCCGUCGUAAUCUUUUGGACGACACGCUCGGCGUGCUCCGCAUCAAUGCUAAUGCACCUGUAAGCAUCGAUGCCAUUGUUGAUUCCAACGAGAAUGGCGACGGUGUUGUUGAGAACCUGCUCGGUGACAUCAGCUUGGCCAUUGCAGCGACGCCCACUGCCAGUAUUCAGCUUGGCGGCUCUGAAGAAAGUGGUAGCAAUGGACUUUUGCGCCGCGACAUCCUUGCCGAUCUGGGCAAUGUUAUUGCCAGUGUUGUUUUGCCCCUGAAUGUUAACGCCAACAUCAAGCCGAACAAGAACGGCGAUGGUGUUCUUCCGAACCUGCUCGGUGAAGUCAGUCUGUCUAUUGAGGCGUCACCCACCGUUGUCGCGCGUAUCAACAGCCCCGAGCCAACCCAAGUAGACGAGCUUUACCGCCGUGACAUCAAUGGUCUUCUCAGAGGUAUCUUUGCCAGCAUUGCUGCGCCUCUGAAUAUCAACGCCAACAUCAAGCCGAACAAGAACGGCGAUGGUGUUCUUCCGAACCUGCUCGGCGAAGUCAGCCUGUCUAUUAACGCGUCGCCCACCAUUGUCGUUGAUACUAAUGGCUCCUCCGCGUAUGGCGAUUACGAUGAUAUCAACCUCUUCUAA